ACACAUUUGGGUGUUUGCCUGUUGUCACUGAAAGGUGUUUCUGCACAGCAGAAGGUGAGUGUCUGAAGUUAAAACUCUAAAGGUAGAUCGUUCUUGUUAGUUAAGUGUCAUAAAUGCUCAAAAAUACCUUGUUUCUGCAACCUUUCUUCUAUUGUUGGAUUACAGUGAUGUUUUAUAUAUGACUGCUUCAGCAAAAUGCCUGUAGUCCUUAAAUCUGAAAUUUAUUACUGGUUGUAGUCGCCUAAUGCAUCAUUGCAAACUUUAUGCCGAGUCUGGCUGGCCUUCUCUGAGUCCUCGCAGGUACACUCACUGGAUGACUCGAAUUUAUAAGGUUCUUCUCUGUCCAUUUGAUUGUUCCACGAAUCAGAAAUGAACUGAGCAAAAAAGCGUUCAGUUUUGCUGCCACUUCAGCAUGGAAUACUCUCCAGACUGACCUGAAACUGUCGGAAUUAAAGGUGGGGUACAGGAACCCGUUAAAGAAGCAUCUUUUUUUGUGGUGUAUAUAGAAAAAAGCUUUUAAUAUCAGUCAAUAGUUAUUAGUUAUUGAUGACAUUUGGUAAUAUAAGAAUAUCGCCGUGUUUUGUUAUGUCUGUGUAGUCAUUUUAAAUUUUUUGAGCGACCCGCUCUUUCUGACUGUAAACAAAGCCGUUCUCCGCCUCCCCCAUCCUGAUUGGUUGUGAGGCAGACGCUGCUCCCCCGAGUCGUUCAGGAGCCCAAACAAAGUUAGCGUGCUACAAUAUCGGACAGUAGAAACCAACUAGAAAGUUCAGAAAAUUGUCUGAAUCCUCCUUUGGCCACGACUUCCAACACAAGCAAGAAAACACAGUAAAUACCGGAGACUCUGGAGGAAUAACGGGCGCUUAAAACGGAGGUAGACCGGACAAGAGCUAAAAAGCCGGGUCAACAAUGAUGGGGGACACUUCUAGAUCUUGGUGACCCUGUUAUCUUUCUGCUGGACAGGUAAACCGCUUUAACAAAGUAAGACAAGUGUCUGUAACAGAAGUGUUUCUUGUCAAACGGACCUGCUGUAGCGUGUUGUAGCGCCAUCGCUAAACUGUCCUCCCUCGGGUCCUGGACUAUGUCACUUUAUCCUAGUUGUAGAAGUCCUGCAAACAUUGUGUUUGCUGGUAGUCUGUUGGCAUCUACAGUAGCAUCAAUGCUUUUGACUUUCACCUUGACUGGGCCCCAUUUGUAAUGAUCUGAAGUAUUUAUCUGCAUUAUAUCUGAAUUUAAUUGGAACGAUACGAGCGAGCAGGAGCGUCUGUUUGUGGGCGGGGCUUGCUGGUGCAGAAAGGGAGGGGAGAGGAGGAGCUGAGGGGAAAACUGGUUGGGAGGGGUAGAGUUUCACCCCAAAACCGGCACUUCCUCAGAUCCUGACUACCUCACCUUUAAUUUCACUGGCAGCAUUUCAUUCAAUCUGACAUGACAGACUUUGGGAGCCCGUGAAAUGAUGUUUCUGGAGGUCAUUUUCUUCUUCUUGAUUCUUAUUUAUCAUUGUGUUGUGUGCUGGCGACCUCUUGGCCAGGUCACAUUUGUAAAUGAGAUCUCGAUCUCAACGGGUUCUUACCUGGUUACCUGGUUAGGCCGAAUUUCUUUACACUAUUGUGAUCCAUCUGUUUUCUAUCCGCAGCCAUGUCCUUCACCGCUAUCUUCGACGACUCUUUCUGGGAUGUCCUGAAUGAAACCGUCCAUAACCAAUCAGUCUACGUCGUGGAUCCGAAGACCUUACCCUGCGAGAUAAAACCUCUGAGUACUACAGGGGCUAUAACCUUGUGUGUUAUCCUCUGUCUCAAUUUUCUGCUCGCAAUACCGGGGAAUCUGCUGGUCGGAUGGGUGAUCGGCACCAACAAGCAGGCGCUAACCCCGUCAGACGUCUACCUGUUUCACCUGACGGUAGCAGAUGGUUUGAUGGCGCUAACGCUCCCGUUCUGGGGCGUGGCGCUCCUCCAAGGAUGGGUAUUCGGAGACUUUAUGUGCAAGUUUCUGAACCUCAUCAUGGAGGCCAACUUCUACACCAGCAUCCUCUUCUUGGCGUGCAUAAGCAUUGAUCGCUAUCUUGUGAUCGUGCACGCCAGCGAGAGUUUGCGGAGUCGUCAGAGGAUGUGUAGCUGGCUCCUCUGUGCGGCAGUUUGGGCGCUUGGUUCGGCUUUGGCGCUUCCUGCGCUUUUCAACGAGGUAUCCAGGCUGGACCCUGACUCAUGGAGGAUGAUUUGCUCGGAAAACUUCGACAUUGGCAGCGCCUCGUCUUGGAGGUUAGCUACACGUGGGUUCCGCCAUAUUUUUGGCUUCUUCCUCCCUCUUUGCGUCAUGAUAACCUGCUACAGCAUCACUAUCACCCGUCUGCUGCGCACACGAGGUUUCCAGAAGCACCGCGCCAUGAAGGUGAUCAUCGCCGUGGUGAUCGUGUUCCUGCUGUGCUGGACGCCGUACCACAUCACCAUGAUGGUGGACACGCUCAUGCGAGCGGCGGUGAUACCGUACGACUGCGCCAUGAGGAAGGAGGUGAACCUAUCCCUGGAUAUCAGCAACAGUUUAGCUCUUUUCCACAGCUGCAUCAACCCCGUCCUCUACGCCUUUGUGGGGGAGAAGUUCAGGAGGAGGAUGAAGCUGCUGCUGCAGAGGAAGGCCAGGCAGGAGAGGAUGUCGGGGUCAAAGGGGACAUUCAGCAGAUCCACGUCUCAGACUUCAGACGGCAAAGGAGCGGUUCUCUAAGUAUUUAACUACCUCUACCAAAAAGGUUUUUAGAGACUCUGUUUCAUUUUGGGAGGAUGUUUGAUUUUAUUUCUACAGGAAAUCAAAGAAAGAAAUUUGAUCAUUUAAUUUGGGAACAAAACACCCUCUACUGUUCUCUCUCUCAAAGAUCUUGAACAAAGUGUACGACGAUUACAAAGAUCAGUAAACAAGAAGGGCGUCAAAACGCUAAAUAUACAGUUAGGGGAGAGUGGGGUAGGAUGAACCAUUUUUCAUAUUUCGGAUCACUACAUCAAGACAAUCACAGUUUUGUCUCUAACUAGUGAAUCUGCAGAUAUUUCAGGAUGUUGUUUAUCCCUGCAAACCAACAGAAUGAGUGUAAACAGAGCUGUAUUGAUAAUACAGCAUGCCAAAAAAAGUCGUCUCCUAUGGUCAACUUACUCCGUGUAUGGGGUAAGUCGAGCUGUGAUCAAUUUCUUUUACCAUUUACAGGCAACAGGGGGUGGCUCAACUUACCCCGCUCCCCCCUAUGUCCUAAAGUCGCAUCAAAACACCUUUGGCAGUAUUUUUUGUUUGCUUUUAAAAGUGUAAACGAUUUCUGUAAACUUUAUGAUUUUAUCGAAGAAUCUUGUAAAUAAAGAAAAAAAAAGAAAACUCCUUAUACUUUCAUUGUCCGCCCCAGACCUUUUUUUGUACUCCCUCUCUCUCUUUCUCUUUGGACUGUAGCUUGCUUGGCAACUUGCUUUUUUCAUCAGAGGCUUUGCAGCUUGAGUGUCGAGGCUCCUCAAAGAGCUGACGACGUGCAGGGCUGUGUUUCCACUGAACGUCUUAGAGAGCACGGGUUUAAAGUUCUUCUAAUCAUACUGUGGUUUCUGUAAAUGAAAAAAAAAAAACUCACCUUAUCAUUGAUCAUUGACGGUGAAGACGGCUCAUCCGUUUGCCUCCUUGGCUGCCCUGUGCAGACACACGCGCAGACACUUUUUAGAUCCUGUUUAAGUCAAAAGUUAACAUUAAAAAAGUUCAUUUUGGAUUAAGAACAACGUUAAAAAGUGAGGAUCCAAAUAGGGGGAACCAGAGGUAGCAAAAGCUAUAUCACUCCACCUUGCGUUCUUGUUUGAGCGCCACCUUCUGGGUAAAAUACUGCAACAUAACAGAAUAUUUCUCUCAGCAUUAGGUGUGUAGGAUGCGGCUCACUUUUUAAAUGACAAUACUCAAAAUCUUUACAGAUUCGACAUGAUAAAAUGUGGCAGAAAGGCUAAAUAAAAGUCUGUGCAUCAAAUAGGCCCCCCCGAGUCAAAAAGUUUGGACUUGCCCCUGUAAUCUUAUCUUAUGCAUCAGUAUUGUGGUCUUGUUAUGACUAUCUUCGUCCUUUGCAUCAGUUUCCAGAACAGUUUCUUUGACUGUGUGUGAAUAUAUCAUCUUUGUGUGGGAAUAAAGAAGCUUCAGGAAAAUUCAGACCCGUAAAUCACAUAUUUAUGAUUUUAAAUAAUAAAGAUGUUUUUAGUCAGAGGGCCGUUAAACAUGUAAAUGUAAUGUGUCUGUGUCAGAUUAUGUCUCCUUUGUGCUGAUACAAAUAAAACUACAGUAUAUCAGAAUAUUACUGGACAUGUCUAAAUACAUAAAUAAAUGGAUCUUGUUUACAA